AUGUGUAAAACGGAGCGCGGAAAGUUAAACUUUUGUCGAACGAAAGUCGGAUAAUGUUUUCUAAAUCGAUUUCAGUAAUAGACGCUCAGAUGUCCUCCAUUAUUUUACGAAACUAAAAUAAUCGUUAUGCAGUAAAUAUCGAUACUAAACUAUCGUCUUUCUAUGAAGUACUAUGUCGUCCACGCAAAGCAAAAUGCGAGGAAGACCACCAAAAUCAAAAAACUCUUGCACCUGGUGCGGAGAGACCAAGCAACCCUUGAAAUACGUUCUCCCGACCCAGCAUGGUAAAAAAGAAUUUUGUUCGGAGACCUGUCUGUCAGAAUUCCGCAAAGCAUACGUGCGUGGUGCAUGUGUCCAGUGCGAUAAUGUGAUCAGAGGUGCGCCGGUCAGAUUGGAACAGAAGGAUGGGCCUACAAAAGAUUUUUGCUCGUCGUUCUGCUUGAACAAGCACCAGAAGAAGGAGGUCCAAACAGACACGAAAAAGAGCAACAGGGACCAGUCUUCGCCUGCGCCUUCCCUUUCACCGUCAGGAUUGCUUGCUGGGAACAAUGUUCCCUCCACGACUCAGUUUUCCAACCAUUCAACUGUUUCGCAUCCUCCGUCCACCUCCAGUGGUCCAUUCCAGUACGAAACAUACCAAACCUUCGACUGGGACCUCUAUUUAAAGGAAACAAACAGUCAAGCUGCUCCGAUCGAGUGUUUCAAACAGCAUGAAGUUCCAUCGAUCAAUGAGUUUAAGAUGGGAAUGAAAUUGGAAGCAUUGGAUCCCAGAAAUUUGACUUCGACUUGCAUUGCAACGGUUGUUGGUGUCCUAGGACCAAGAUUGAGACUAAGAUUGGAUGGAUCGGAUAACAAAAAUGAUUUUUGGAGAUUGGUCGACAGUAACGAGAUCCACCCGAUUGGCCAUUGCGAAAAGUCCGGUGGAAUGUUGCAGCCUCCGUUGGGCUUUCGUAUGAAUGCUUCCAGUUGGCCAAUGUUUCUUUUAAAAACUCUAAAUGGUGCUGAAAUGGCGCCUGCUAAGGUUUUUAAGCGAGAACCUAAAAUACCACGAUCAAACAUGUUCGAAGUCGGGCAUAAAUUGGAGGCUAUCGAUAAAAAAAAUCCACAGUUGAUUUGUACAGCAACUGUUGGGGCAGUGAAGGAUGAUAUGAUUCAUAUUACGUUUGAUGGUUGGAGAGGAGCAUUUGAUUACUGGUGUCGAUUUGACUCUAGGGAUAUCUUUCCUGCUGGAUGGUGCUUCAAGAGUGGUCAUCCAUUGCAACCGCCAAGGCAGAAAUCGACAGGGCCCAAUAGAUUUAAGUCGCGGACCAGUAACGUACUCCCAGUGAUGGCGAUAUCAGGCGGAGGAAGUAACGGAGAGCCAGCUGUGGCACUGGUAAGCCCUGCAGGUUCCAGUGCUCCGCCGCAGCCAGCCACCGAACCAGACACCAGUACGUCCAACACGAAACCACAUUCCAUAGAGAAUGUUACAAUUUAUGUAAACCAUAAUUGCACAUGUGGUCCUUACUUUGAUCCUCGUAAAGUAAAAGCAAUGCCAGCACAGUUCGGCACCGGUCCCAUAUUAAAUGUAACCAGAGAUAUAUUUCAAGCUUUCCUGAUGGCAGCAAUGAGUCCAAGACAAAUGCUAAGCUUAUUAAAACGUGGUGAAGGAGAAACCGUGAGCUUAAUUUUAGAGAGUAAACCUACUUCUGUUAGGUUACCAAUAUUUAUGGAGGAAGAGGAUUUUUAUAUAUACGUUAGGCGACAACUGGAGGACCUUUGUGCAUGCGAGCAUCUCUUGUUCAGAAGGAAAGAGCCGUGCAAUAAAUGCCCGAAUGCUCAGCAACCACAGUCCACGAAUACCGAAGAAUCAGUUAACGGUUCUGUGGUGAUUAAUAAUACCACGGCCGAGAAAAGAAGAUGGGGGUGCCAGAAUCAGCAAACGUUGUCAUCUAGUAUCCAACAGCAACAGAUACAACAAAAUACUGUGACCGGUUUGAAUAAUUCUACGAUUUCCGCGGCCACCGCACCGAAACAACCCAGGAAAUCUGUUCCAGAACUGGAAGCUGCAACAAGCACAACACAGUCAGAAAGUUCCAUGAACCGAACAGCUUCCGUUGAGCCAGCGGAGUGGACCAUCGAAGACGUGAUUCAUUAUAUCGGUGUGACCGAUCCCGCAUUGGGACAGCAUGCAGAUUUAUUUAGAAAGCACGAAAUCGAUGGAAAAGCCUUGCUGCUACUAAAUUCGGAUAUGAUGAUGAAAUAUAUGGGAUUGAAGCUCGGUCCAGCAUUGAAAAUCUGCAAUUUGGUGAAUCGCAUAAAAGGUAGAAGACAUAUGCUUCUAUGACUUUAUCGACCAUCAAAACGCAUGUAUAGUCGGUAUAGCAGUCAGAUUGGGCCACGAAAAUUCAUAAGGUCUAAGGUCUGCUCGUAUACGUUCCGGCUCUGAUACGCCUCGGCGCCGCUAGAUGACAACACCAGAUCAUUUAUUGCGGGAACUAGCAUAGUGCUCGUGCCUAGGUAUCCUAAGGCUACAUUAGGUUGAGCCCUGAGAGGUAGGCAGUUGCAGCGACGAUGUUGCCCAUUUUUCAAGCUAGGUAUCUCUUAGCCAAUCCUAUUCGAGCACUGACUCGUGCCGUGUCUUGUCCUUUGCUACGCGCGUUGCUAUUCUUUUCUAAGUCGUCGAAACGACCAUUAUCUCCAUUGUAACAACGAAACGAUUACCUAGCGACGAAUCUUAUUGGAAGUUGUUG